UUUUUUUUUUUUUUUUUUUUUUUUUUUUUUUUUUUUUUUUUUUUUUUCUUAGAAAGCGUAACCAAAAGCUCUUAGCUCCUCGGCCAUGCAAGCCUACGAACUUUGUUCAUUCCUUGAAAGGAUUAUAUUUCGUUUCGUCCUUUCACAUGGAUAUUUCUUUCUGUUUUUCUUCUACUUUUUCUCUCUAGAUUAGUAGAUAAUGUUUUAGGGACACACGUUUUUUUGUUAACUUGCAGUCUCCUGCCGCUCAAAGAACUGACUAAUUAUAUGUGCUAGGUACGAAGUUGCGUAGAGUUCGUAAGCCCAGGUACAAUGAAUUCUUUGUUGUUUGAUACUCGUUGCAUUUUCAACUCAUUGUUCAGAACUGCCCCGUCUAAACUUGCCAAGUUUGGUGCUCGUCCAUUUUUGAUUGUGUACAUUUUUAUAAAGGGACUUAUAAACAUUACUGACUGUUAGUUAUUAGAUCCAGAAAAAUAGACGGAAAUAAAAGAGACUCAAGAGACUCCGAAGGAAAACAUUUUUCUACAGAUAACAGUAAUUUGAUUGUGCUUCGAUGCAUAAACGACUGGAAAUGCUGAGUAACAAUGAAUUCACUGUAUUCACGCGCAGUUUUUGCGAAGAAGAAAGUGGAAGAAGACACAUUCGCGUCGUAGGUACUUUCUUCGUCGACCGUUUCAAAACGACGCGACGACCGAUCGAAAGUUCAAAGCUCAUCGAAUCGCAUUGUCGUGCUCCAUUUGCCAAGUGGUACUCGAUGUGUCAAGAUUUAUGGAUGCGUAUACAUAUCUACCAACGUUCUAUCAAGAGAGGUUCCAAAAUUAAGCAGAGUUCGUUUCCAUUUUUAUACGAACGACGUCAGAGUCAGGUUUUCCGAAAAAAAAGGUGGACUAAAAAUGAUGCUAUUCUCGAAACGAUCUCUGGAUCACCAAGAAAAUUUGGCGGUGCAGCCAAACGAAACUUCCGAUUCAUUCUGCGAUUCGUUCCAUCAUGAAAGAACGAUCGAAAAGAGAGGCAAAGAAGCAGCUGCACGGCGAUGCACCGCCACCCCAUUUCGUCCACGAAUCGAUCCCAGACUGUGUUCAUAGGACAGAGUCGACCGGAAGCCGACAGAAAGAGAGAGGAGAUAGAGAUAGAGA